ACAGUGGACCUCAUUUGCUUCUGAAAUGCAGGUAAGUGGUGGUGUGUUGUCCUUUACGGUUAUAAUAUUGUCUAGAAACAUUAUUUUACAUUUGGAAAAAUGGUGUUUUAGUUUAUGAAUCGCUGGCCAGUGAAAAUGCUCAUGAAACAGCACCACAACGGACUUAAACGAAGCAGUAGCUUAACUUUUAUUUUUGGUAAUGAGUUGUACCUGUCGCAUUAAUACUGCCCUCAAGCUCUUCUCUGAGGGUUAAAUCUAAACUUGGUUCAGCGAGUCCAACUCAUAUUACGACCGCUCCUGGUCAAAAUGAUAUCCAUACUGUGUGUAUUUCAACUGCUGCCAGCAUGCUUUAGCAAUAAAUAGGUAGCUCUUGUAACAUGUCUUGCCAUCCUACCAUUACUCUAUAGAUGUUUUAUAGCUUAUGGAGGUGUAUGAUAUCUUAGAUAGCAUUCUUUUAUUAUUCAAAUGUAUUAUUGACAAAAAUGUUAUUCUACAAAUUGUGUUUGCAAUGAUGCACAACACCGGUGCUAAACAAGGGGUGUGAUCCAGUCAAUGUUUCAAGUAGCGUCUGAAUAAACACGUUCUUAUGCAAAUGACAUAAGUUCAAUCACAGAGAUAUUGAUGAACAGAUCAAAUGCAUAAUAGUAUACAGUAUUUAUGUUCUUCAAAAUCAUGUAUUACUGUUUCAGCGCUCCUGGUUUGAUAAAUGUGUUAUAAAGUCACCAGCAGAAAGUAUUCUAAACUACCUUUGUGAAAGUCUCUUAGGAAGCCUGAGUAAGGUGGCAUUCCUGUAAAUAGCCUAGUACUAAACUUUACAGUACAUACUCUAUAGAUUAACAACCUUAAUAUUUGCUGCUGUGUAUCAAUCAGUGAGGAAUGGUAACACAACAGCAGCUAAUUGGAUUAUUUUGAAUUUGAAUUCUUCUUUCACGACUCUUGUAAACAUGUUCGAGAAGGAAAGGCUUGUAUUGGGCUUGGUUGUGUACCAAGACUUCCUGUUACUGCUGCUACUGCUAGUGAAGCACAUUUAACAGUGUUUGAGGGAGGGCAGUCAGUUUAGAUAAAUAAACUGUUUAAAAAUGAUUAUGAUUCAGAGGUGGUUACAUGUUUCUCUGGUGUCUAUCACAGAAUUAAGACACGUGCUGUGUAUAUAAAAAUAAGGUGCUACUCUACAUCACUUAGAUUGCCUCCAGAACCAGUCCAUGUGCAAGCUAUUUAGAUGUAUAAAAACUUCAAUGCAACACUGUUUAACUUGCACAUGUAUGGUAGAUUGAUAGCUUAAAAGACCCAGGAGAGCAUAUCAUAGCUUGAGGAUAUGAAUUGUGCAUAAAUAUGUAUUGCAUGUAUUUUGUUAUUACAAUUUGUUACACAUAUACAUUUUAAUAGUCUGUAUUGGUUGAAAAUGUUACUAGGAUCUGAUUUAAUAAUUUCUCCCCAGGCUAUUGGAGAAUUCCUUAUAAAGACUACAUCUUGUUUUAUAUUGAAAGGGUUUGACUGUAAUAACAUAAUAUCGUUAACAGCAUAAUAUACUUCAAAAUGUCAUACUUCUAAUAAUUGUCAGAACCAAUGAUACUACAGAGAAACGCAGUUAUACAUUUAGGCAAAUUGUGUGUCUUUCCCUUUUUGUUUUAAUAGAUUUACUAUUUAUUAAGAAAAUUAAAAUCAUUAUUGGUAUGUGUAGUAUAGUGUGUUAUUAAUGCUUAAUUACAGGGACGUAACAUAUAUAUAUUUCUAGACUUUUCUUUUGGUUGUACACAGAUAACAACAUCUUAUCUGGGAAAAGUCUGGAAUAUAUAUUACACAGUACAGUAUGUUACAUUAUAGUACUUGAUCUAUUUACUGUAUAUUAUUGGUUUGGCUUACUAGGAACACAUACUGAAAGAAGAGUACAAUGAUUGAUUUCUGUAGUGAACGCUGUUAUUUGUUAAAUAAGAAAAAGGAAAGCAAAAUAUGCCAGGCAUGUGAGUUAUGAUGCUCACAACAGCACUGGCACACUGGGGUACUGACCAACCUACACUGGCAUUAUUAUCUGCAAAGCAUGCAUUGUGCAUUCAGCAAUGUUGCGUGAAUAUUCAGAUCUGCUUGUCUGGAGAGCUCAGCACUGCGCUUGUUGAAUUAACCUUGGACACCAUUUUCUGUAAAAACAUGGCUUUCUUCUGCAAUGUCUCUUUGGUGAGGAACUUCAUGCUUUCAGUGUGUAGAUCAGCUGGUGCCAAUGAAGACUUCACAGAGGAAGACGACAUAACAACAGGAAAUCUGGGGCCUCUAAUGGAACCCCAUCUACCAGAAAGCUCUUCGGACAAUGAGGAAGAAACAGUGUCCCUCGCAGCGGGGCAAGAAUUCUCCACAGAUGUGCAGCUCACAUUUUGUGUGAGGAGACGGUCAUGUGGGCUUCAGGAUUCAGCCCUGCAGGAGGGGGUCAGAACGAGGCUGAGGAUUGUUGAGAGCAGUGGUCAGGAAAUACCUGAGCUGUUCAAGGAUUUGUCAGCUAGGCUGGUAUCUGUUCACAUUGAAAGAGACUGCUUUUCCAUCACCUUCAAGACAGUAGAAGAGAUCUGGAAGUUCUCAACGUAUCUUGCGCUAGGACAUGUUGCCCGCUGUUUGGAGAACUUUCUGUUUGACCAGUCUUUCUGGUUGAAUGAAGCCCUUGUAGAUGAUGUGGAGAUCAGUGUGACACUAAAUCAAGAACAUCUUGCAACAGUGUACCUGGGGCUGCUUCUGCAGGAAGGGACAUUCUUUGCCAAAGCCCUGUGCCCCAUUACAAACCCUGACGAUGGUGACCUGUGUAUCAAAAAGAACGACCUGGUCAUGGUGAAGAACGUUGGUCAGGAUUCGUUUUGGGAAGGCAUGUUGCUCUCUUCAGGGCGACAUGACUUAGUGCCAGUGUCAGCCAUGCAACCCCUUCCUUACCCAUUUUACCAGUGGUUCCUCAAGACAUACCCAGGAGGUCCUUGUAGUCCAUCCCCCGGCAAAUGCCUGUUUGACCACGCCAUUGGUAAAGGCACCUGUGUUGCUGUAGUGGAUAACAAUUCAAAAGGGACGGAUGAACUCAAUUUUAACAAAGGGGAGCAGUUAGAAAUUGUUGGCUUCCUUCUCUCUGGGCUGGAGUGGUUUGUAGGAAGAUGUGUCUCCAGUGGAAAAACAGGAUUUGUCCGAACAAUACAUGUGAAACCAGAGAGUUUUAAACCACUAGAUACACAUUUAGUCUUUCUGAGUGAAGAAGAGAAAGCAUUACUAACCAUGUUAGACCCCAGCAGUGAACAAUGUUACGAUACUCUCUUGAACAACCUUUCAAAAACUGACAUCAAUACAGUUUACAGACUAGAUAAAUUGGUCAAAUCCGAAUUUCCAGAUCUUAAGAACAAAUCACAGCUUGAAGAAAUGAGUUUGGAUGGGUUCACAGAAAGCUCCAUGUUAGAAAGAUGUGAAACGACCCCCACUGAGCACUCACCCGAGCAAACUGACUCAAAAUCUCAGUGCUCAAACAAAGACAUUACAUGUCUUACAUUCAGCUCUGAAGAUACAUUCAAGGAAAUGGAUGAACUUGAAGAGGAUCCAAAAUUCUUUGUAGAUCUUAACACCUGGGAUACAGAGGACUCUGAAUUUUUUGAACCAAUUCUGACGUUCCUAAAUGAAGAUCAUUAUGUUUCACACUACCAGAGCCUCUAUGACAUCUCCUUUUCCUUUCUGAAUUCCACCUUCUAUGGAUUUUCAGAAGAGGGUGAGCUAGUUCAGUAUCUGGAGAAUGCAAGGGAAUGGGCAAAGAAAAGCAGAAUGAACUGGGCUCUCAGGAGGAUCUGUUUUCUUUUGGGUAGGCUUUGUGCAAAAAAGGUGAAGUUCUCACAGGCUAGGGUUUACUUUGAAGAAUCACUUGGUGUCCCGGGCUGUGAGUUUGCUGACACAUUUCUGUUAACUGCCCUCUACAUAAACCUUGCAGUUAUCUACUUGAAACAAAAUAUGAAAGAAAAGCUGGAAGUGAUUUUGGAAAAAGCCAACGCACUAUUCCUUUGCCUUCCUCAACACCUCUUCAGCUCCUUCAAUGAGUUUGAAGUUCUACAGCUUGUCCUUAAGAAAGCGAUUAUGACAAGUGAUAUGCACUUAGAGGCCCGGACCUGUUUUCUUGUCAUGACCCUCUUCUUAAAGCUUGGAAGGACGGAAGGAGCCUUGCCCUUUGUGGAACGUCUGCAGUUUCUCUCACUUAGCAUCUCUGCCCAAACCACAGUUUCCCCUGUGGACCUGAAUUGGAUGCUGAGCACACUCUACUAUGACAAGUACCUGCCACAUAUGUCUUUGGGGUCAUUAAGACUUGCUUCAGAUCAAAGAUGGUCCCUUCAUGCUACUCUUCAGAAAGUGGACCGGUUUAUUCAAAAUGCCAUUAGACUCAAUGCACAAUGGGCAGGAGAUAACUCACCUCUCCCAGCACAAAUAACAAUUUACCUCAAGCAAGCUUUAGCGAUUGCAAGCCAAAGUGGUGACAUACAGGCGGAAAGAGACCUGUGCCUGAGUUUGGUCAAUGUAUAUCAACAUUAUAGAGUUUUUGACGGCGCAGUAGAGUAUGCUGAAAGAGCUAUAGAGACCGGGAGACAAAUCAAUGAAGAAGAGGCUUUUAAAGCUUCACUGUUGUUGGCCUGGUUGCUCAUUUGUAAUGAACAAGUGGAAAAGGCCUCAGAUAUACUGGCGUCUCUCCUCAAAUCUCUGGAUGAAACGGACAGUUCUACACAAAGAGGGGUUGUUCACAAUCUCCUGGCCAUUUGCUUACGGAAAGACAAUAGGAUCAAGGAGGCAGCUGGUAACUUGUACUGGGCACUGAAAAAGUCUCAAGAAACUGGAAACAAAAGAAAUCAAGCACUUACACUGGCUAACUUCGGCUACCUAGCGCUUUCCAUUAGGGCCUACGUUCUGGCUGAGGGCUACCUUCUCAAGUCACUUCAGCUCUUUUCAGAACUCCUUAACAGCUCCACAGAUGCAGACCCCGUGCAGGCUUGUCUCUUGCUUGGGCAGUGCUACAUUGACACAAAGCGGACUGAGGAUGGGAGGCUAUGCUAUGAAACAGCCCUUCUAAUAGCUAUGAGUGCCAGGAAUCUACACAGUCAGCUGCAUGCUGCUAAAUCGCUCAGCUGUUUUUAUGAGAAAGUUUUGCCCAGACUCGGACAGUGUAUUAUAUAUUAUGAACACUGUGUGGCACUGUUGAGACAGCUGAAGGAUAAAAGGCUGGAAGGAGAGCUUUUGGAAACUCUGAGCAAACUCUAUUCAUCACUGAAAACAGAAAAAGCCUGUAGAAAGUCCUUAGAUUACACCAAGCAGAGCCUCAGAAUUUUCAUUGACCUGGGAAAGAAAGACAAAGAAGCUGAAAGCUGGCUUCAGGCAGGGAGAAUCUACUACAUGAUACGAGAAAAUGAACUGGUGUAGAUGUAUCUACAUGUACUGAACUUAAAAACUGUGACAUGACAAAUAAUCUCAGAGAAACAGGAUCAUUAUUGAAGUAUCUGCAGCUAUCGAGACGGCUCAGAGGAUGAAUGAUUCACAGUUUGUCAUGAGGAUGUAUGAAGAAGCUGGGGAUGUCUUUUAUAAAGGGAAUGGACACAGAGAAGCUGCAAU